CUUAUGCACGCUGCAGUUGCUUUCUGUUCGCAGAAAGUGGCAGCGUUGAGAGGUGGCUUGGAUUUUUCGGUUCCCAUUUUUUUCUGCUUUCUUUCUGUUUGAGGUUUUCACCCUACGUAUUCUUCUUUUUUAUUUAAUUCACUUAACAGCUGCAGUCAUCGAUGCCAUUAUUUUUGAAGACGUCUUCUCCUUGGCAGUGGAUUGACUUCCAUCUUCCUCCUUUACCUUCUAAGUUCAAGAAAACAAUCGGUCCUUCGCUUCUGCAUAUUUCUCAGCCUGUACCUCAUGCUUCGACCGGGCUGUUGUCGAACAAGACGAGCACAGAUGUUUUUCAUUAAUAUUAUUUAGCAGUACGGGACUUAUUUAUUUUUGGCCAGGGUGGGGGGUUAGGGAAGAAAAGAAGGACGAAGAGGAUUUAAAGCAUAUUUGUUGGAAGCCUUUGCAACGAAACAAGUGUGCGGUUUGCAAAAGUGAUGGCGGAGAGGGGAGCUCGAUUGCUCCUCUCGCUCACGUUUCUUCUUCUUUUGCUCUUCACCACUGCAGCCAAGAGCACCGAUAAAGGUUCUGUUGCAAGGCACUUCACUCCCUUUUGGUUCUUGGUGGAACCAGCUGACAUAUUGGCAGUACGAGGCUCUCCUGCUGUGCUGAACUGUUCGGCGUAUAGUGACCUAGCACCUCGCGUGGAAUGGAAAAAGGAUGGUACUUUCUUGAAUCUGGCCUCUGAUGACCGGCGACAGCUACUUCCAGAUGGCUCUUUGCUGCUCACCAGUGUGGUGCACUCCAAACACAAUAAGCCAGAUGAAGGUUACUACCAGUGUGUGGCAACAGUGGACUCCCUAGGCACCAUCAACAGCAGAGUUGCCCGCCUGACUGUUGCAGGUCUUCCGAGGUUCAACAGCCAACCAGAAGCCCUUAUGGUAUAUCAGGGUGACAGUGUGGUUCUCAGCUGUGAUGUCAACCUUGACCUUGUUCCAUUCACACGAUGGGAACUGAACAAGGAGCCAUUGGACUUGGAUGAGAGAAUAAUAAGUCUUCCUUCUGGAGCUCUUGUCAUCAGCAAUGUCAAUGAGAGUGAUGCUGGGCUGUAUAGGUGCAUUGUGGAAAUUGCUGCAACAGUGAAAGCAAGUGAUGAGGCAAAAGUUGAAGUACUAGCAGAAACUGGAAUGCCAAGGCAACUUCAAUUUCUUCGCCCUCCGGUGCUCUCUACAAAAGUUCAGGGCCAGGAUAUGUUGAUGCCAUGUGUAGCAACAGGUUAUCCCCCACCCAGGAUUCAGUGGAUGUUUAAUGACAAGUUGAUAGAUAGCAGUGGCAACAGGUCCAAAAUAAUUGGUGGUGGAAGUCUUCUUAUCUUGAACGUCACUGACGAGGAUACUGGCAUGUACACAUGUUUAGCAGGAAAUGAGAAUGACACUCUUCAGGCAUCGGCUGAGCUGAUGGUCCAAGUGCCUCCACAGUUUAUAAAGCGCCCGACUAACAUCUAUGCUCAUGAAUCUAUGGACAUUGUGUUUGAGUGUGAAGUCAGUGGUGUUCCCUCUCCUUCUGUCAAGUGGGUCAAAAAUGGAGAUGCUGUUAUCCCCAGUGAUUACUUCAAAAUUAUUAACGAAUAUAACUUACAGGUUCUGGGUCUAGUGAAGUCAGAUGAAGGUUUUUACCAGUGCAUGGCUGAAAAUGAUGCAAGGAAUAUGCAAGCCAGUGCUCAGCUAAUUAUCUUGGAACAUGAUGUUGCCACUCCAACAACCCCUUCCACCCUACUGAUCAGUGCCACUAAUGACCAUGUAGCACAAGCAGCUGGCUCUGGACCAACGCCUUCAGCUCCUCGGGAUGUCGUGGCAUCACUGGUUUCAACUAGAUUCAUCAAGUUAACCUGGCGCCUACCAGCGGAACCCCAUGGUGACAACAUUACCUACACUGUGUACUACAAGCCAGAGGGCUCCAGCAGGGAACGGAUUGAGAAUACAAGCCGACCAGGAGAGCUUCAGGUGACAAUACAGAGUCUAAUGCCAGAAACAAAGUAUGUCUUUCGAGUUGUAGCGCACAAUAAGAAUGGACUUGGAGAGUCUUCCACUCCACUCAAAGUGUCCACACAACCUGAAGUUCAAGUCCCUGGACCUUCGCCCAACCUGCGUGCAUUUGCCACUUCCCCAACAUCCAUCACUGUGACCUGGGACAUGCCGCUGUCAGGCAAUGGAGAGAUUCAGAACUACAAGCUAUAUUACAUGGAGAAAGGAAUGGGCAAUGAGCAGUUUGUUGAUGUUGGAAGUCUAUCUUAUACUAUAAAUGGUCUGAAGAAAUAUGCAGAAUAUAGUUUUCGAGUGGUGGCCCACAACAAGCAUGGUUUAGGAGUAUCUACAGAGGAUGUUGUGGCAAGGACAUUUUCAGAUGUGCCCAGUGCUCCUCCUCAGAAUUUAACACUGGAAGUGCGAAACUCCAAGAGCAUCAUGGUUCAGUGGCAGCCACCACCACCUGGCACUCAUAAUGGGCAAAUCACAGGGUACAAGAUCCGAUACCGAAAAGGCUUGAGGAAGAGCGAUACCACUGAAAGCACAGGGGGCAUCCAGCUAUUUCAGCUUAUAGAAGGUCUGGAGAGAGGAACAGAAUACUCUUUUAGAGUGGCUGCCAUGACUGUGAAUGGCACAGGUCCAGUCACUGAAUGGGUAUCAGCAGAGACUUUUGAAAGCGACUUGGAUGAAUCUCGUGUCCCAGACAAACCUAGUUCUUUACAUGUGCGGCCUUUGGUUACCAGCAUUGUGGUGAGCUGGACACCCCCAGAGAACCAGGACAUAGUUGUUCGAGGUUAUGCUAUUGGUUACGGGAUUGGCAGCCCUCAUGCACAGACUAUCAAGGUGGACUACAAACAGCGAUAUUAUACAAUUGAGAAUUUGGAUCCCAGUUCCCAUUAUGUUAUUACACUUAAAGCCUUCAAUAACAUGGGCGAAGGAGAACCGGUUUAUGAGAGCGCAGUCACAAGACCUCUUUCAGACCCAUUAGACCCUGAAGUUGAUGUAUAUGACUAUUUCAAUGCUCCAUACACUCCAGUACCAGACCCCACCCCCAUGCUGCCACCUGUGGGAGUACAGGCCACUGUGCUAAGCCAUGACACCAUCAAGGUUACCUGGGCCGACAACUCCUUACCCAAGAACCAGAAGAUUACUGAUGCUCGCUACUACACUGUGCGCUGGAAGACCAACAUCCCUGCUAACACGAAGUACAAGACUUCCAACACAACAAAUCUCGUCCAUAUGGUCACAGGACUGAAGCCCAACACUCUCUAUGAAUUUUCAGUAAUGGUGACUAAAGGACGCCGAUCCAGCACCUGGAGCAUGACAGCUCAUGGGACCACAUUUGAGACAAUUCCAAACUCCCCUCCAAAGGAUGUGACUGUUGUGAGUAAGGAAGGAAAGCCACGCAUAAUUAUCAUCAACUGGCAGCCUCCCUCUGAAGCCAAUGGAAAAAUCACAGGUUAUAUCAUCUAUUACAGCACAGAUGUGAAUGCUGAAGUACAUGACUGGGUCAUAGAGCCUGUGGUGGGGAACAGACUGACACACCAGAUCCAAGAUUUAACACUUGACACUCCAUACUACUUUAAAAUCCAGGCCCGCAAUUCAAAAGGAAUGGGGCCUAUGUCAGAGGCCGUUCAGUUCAGAACUCCUAAAGCUGAAUCUUCUGACAAAAUGCCUAAUGACCAAGCUUCAGGGUCUUCAGUGAAACCUGGAGGACGACACUCAGGCGAUGACUUUGCAACAUCAGUUGGGAAGCCCAACCUUUCUGGAAACCCAACUUCAAUGGGAGAGAACAACAUUCCAAUGAUAGUGAUUGUAAUUGUGUCAGUCGGUGCUUUCACAAUCAUUGUGGUAGUGGUUGUGGCUGUCAUAUGCACGUAUCGCACAACUUCUAAACAGAAAAAGAAAAGAGCAGCCUGUAAGUCCACAAAUGGUUCUCACAAAUACAAAGCCAGUUCAAAAGAUCUGAAACCUCCUGAUCUGUGGAUUCACCAUGAACGGCUGGAGCUGAAACCCAUUGACAAAUCUCCUGAGCCAAACCCGGUUAUGACUGACACGCCAAUCCCUCGCACCUCUCAGGAUAUCACACCUGUGGAUAGCAGCCUAGAAAACAGCAUUCAUCAGCGAAGAAACUCUUAUCGAGGGCACGAGUCAGAGGACAGUAUAUCAGCAUUAGCUGGGCGGAGGGGAAUGAGACCCAAAAUGAUGAUGCCUUUUGAUGCUCAGCCCCCACAGCCUGUAAUUAGUGCUCAUCCCAUUCAUUCUCUUGAAAAACCUCAUCACCAUUAUCACUCCGGCAGUUUGGCCUCACCAACUCGUAGCUGUCUUCAUCAUUCCAUCAGCCCACGGCCUCUCAACAAUUCCAUCUGUCAUAUAGACAGGGUCAACUCAUCAGAAUCAGUGAGGAACACACCCAGCACCGAGCCUUUGUCCAUUCCUGGUCAGUCAAUAUGCAGUGUGGAGCACCCUGAUCCUGACACUGGGACGGGUUUUCUGAGUACUAGUUCUGAGGAGGAAACAAACCGCAAUCCUCCUACUGCACAUGUACGUCCUUCCCACCCGCUUAAGAGCUUUGCAGUACCAAAUUCUAGUGGAACUUCAUUUGAAUCUCCUGUUCUGCCAAGCACCCCUUUGUUGGCACAGGCAGGAACAACUCCUCAACUGCAUUCAGUAAAAACUGCAUCCAUUGGGACUCUUGGGAGAACACGUUCCCCAAUGCCGGUCACAGUUCCUAGUGCUCCUGACAUCCCUGAAACUAGCAAAAUGUUGGAAGAAGUUGAGAGUAAUUACGAGCCGGAUGAGCUGACGGAGGAAAUGGCCCACCUGGAGGGACUGAUGAAGGAUCUGAAUACCAUCACAACAGCUUGAGUGUGGCAUGUGCUGUAGAAGGAAAUUUGUUAGAUGUCACAACACACAGGAUUAAUAAAAGACAAACUACAUAAAAAAAAAAAUAAAUAAAAAUAACCUCUUGGCCUUGCCCUACGUCUCUCAGGGAGAUGGAGAGACGAUAUUAAAAGAGAUGGCUUGCAUUUUGUUGUUGUAUUUUUUUUAAGAAGAGAUGAAAAAGCUGGUGAUAGUAAAAGAAAAAACAUUAAAAGCAAAGGGUUGUUUUAUCUUUGUUUACCAUGAAAACUGUGUUUGGACACAUGCCAUUUUGUAAUUCUAAGAAGAUUUUUUUUCUUUUUUCCAGUGCUUUUAGCACUGAUCUACAGUGUUUGGACAUUUUGCAUUAGUGUGUCUCUUUACUUGUGUCCUUUUUAUUUGUAUUUCUUUUAAACUGAACACCUGAAGUAGCCCUUUUUUGUUACUUUUUGUAGCUGGGUCAUCAUGUAUAGUAGUAUCUGGAGCAAAUUAUGUGCCUGUUAUGUUUUUACUUUUUUGCAUUAUAUAUUGUGCCAUGUUGCUAUUAUUUUUUAUUACUUUUAUAUACAUAGAAUAUAAAUAUAUAUAAACUGCC